GGUGGACUUUUCAUGAGGAACACUGUUCAGGAGCACAGUGCAUUUCGGUUUGCUGUGCAGUUAUACAACACAAACCAAAAUACCACAGAAAAGCCCUUCCAUUUGAACUAUCAUGUAGAUCACUUGGACUCUUCCAACAGUUUUUCAGUGACGAAUGCUUUCUGUUCGCAGUUUUCCAGAGGAGUUUAUGCCAUCUUUGGAUUCUAUGAUCAGAUGUCAAUGAACACACUGACGUCAUUUUGUGGAGCGCUUCACACAUCCUUCAUCACACCCAGCUUCCCGACAGAUGCAGAUGUGCAGUUUGUCAUCCAGAUGCGGCCAGCAUUAAAAGGAGCCAUCUUGAGUCUCUUGACUCAUUAUAAGUGGGAAAAGUUUGUGUACCUCUAUGAUACAGAACGGGGAUUUUCCAUUCUUCAGGCAAUUAUGGAAGCAGCAGUACAAAACAACUGGCAAGUGACAGCCAGAUCAGUAGGAAGCAUAAAAGAUGUUCAAGAGUUCAGAAGAAUUAUAGAGGAGAUGGACAGACGGCAAGAAAAAAGAUACUUAAUUGACUGUGAAGUAGACAGAAUCAACACCAUUUUGGAACAGGUUGUAAUCCUCGGCAAACAUUCUAGAGGCUAUCACUACAUGUUAGCUAACCUGGGUUUCACAGACAUUGUUCUGGAGAGAGUAAUGCAUGGAGGUGCCAACGUUACUGGAUUCCAGAUUGUUAAUAAUGAAAACCCGAUAGUUCAACAGUUUCUACAGCGCUGGGUGAGGCUCGAUGAAAGGGAAUUCCCUGAAGCCAAAAACUCACCGUUAAAGUAUACGUCUGCACUGACCCAUGAUGCAGUCCUAGUCAUAGCAGAGGCUUUCCGUUAUCUCCGAAGACAGCGUGUGGAUGUCUCCAGGAGAGGUAGUGCUGGAGACUGCCUGGCUAACCCUGCAGUACCAUGGAGCCAAGGAAUUGACAUAGAAAGAGCACUGAAAAUGGUGCAAGUUCAAGGAAUGACGGGGAACAUCCAGUUUGACACCUAUGGGCGGAGAACAAAUUACACAAUUGAUGUGUAUGAAAUGAAAGCUGCUGGAUCACGAAAGGUUGGUUAUUGGAAUGAAUAUGAAAGAUUUGUGCCAGCAUUAGAUCAGCUGCCCUCUAAUGACACUUCAUCUGUGGAGAACAGAACUAUAGUAGUCACUACCAUCUUGGAAUCACCAUAUGUAAUGUAUAAGAAAAACCAUGAACAACUAGAAGGGAAUGAGAGAUAUGAAGGAUAUUGUGUAGACUUAGCUUCUGAAAUAGCAAAACAUGUUGGAAUAAAAUACAAACUGUCAAUUGUUGGAGAUGGGAAAUAUGGAGCUAGGGACCCUGAGACUAAGAUAUGGAAUGGCAUGGUGGGUGAACUGGUCUAUGGGAGAGCAGAUAUAGCUGUUGCCCCCCUCACCAUAACAUUGGUGCGAGAAGAAGUCAUAGACUUUUCCAAACCCUUUAUGAGCCUGGGCAUCUCCAUCAUGAUCAAGAAGCCUCAGAAAUCUAAACCGGGCGUAUUCUCUUUCCUGGAUCCUUUGGCUUAUGAAAUUUGGAUGUGUAUAGUCUUUGCUUACAUUGGCGUCAGCGUAGUUCUUUUCCUAGUCAGCAGAUUCAGUCCUUACGAAUGGCACUUGGAAGACAGCAGUGAAGAGCCACGAGACCCUCAGAAUCCUCCCGACCCUCCAAAUGAGUUUGGAAUAUUUAACAGCCUUUGGUUUUCCCUGGGUGCCUUUAUGCAGCAAGGAUGCGAUAUUUCUCCAAGAUCUCUCUCAGGGCGAAUUGUCGGAGGAGUCUGGUGGUUCUUCACUCUCAUCAUUAUCUCUUCCUACACUGCUAAUCUUGCUGCCUUCCUUACGGUGGAAAGGAUGGUUUCUCCCAUAGAGAGCGCAGAGGACCUGGCUAAACAAACCGAAAUAGCCUAUGGCACUUUGGAUUCAGGCUCAACCAAAGAAUUCUUUAGAAGGUCAAAAAUAGCCGUCUAUGAGAAGAUGUGGUCGUACAUGAAGUCAGCCGAGCCUUCCGUGUUCACCAAGACGACGGCGGAUGGGGUGGCGAGGGUGCGGAAGUCGAAGGGGAAGUUUGCCUUCCUGCUGGAGUCCACGAUGAAUGAGUACAUCGAGCAGCGCAAGCCCUGCGACACCAUGAAAGUUGGCGGCAACCUGGAUUCCAAGGGCUAUGGUGUAGCAACCCCCAAAGGCUCAGCAUUAAGAAAUGCUGUUAACCUGGCAGUAUUAAAACUGAAUGAGCAAGGCCUCUUGGACAAAUUGAAAAACAAAUGGUGGUACGACAAAGGAGAGUGCGGCAGCGGGGGAGGUGACUCCAAGAACUCCUGUAAACCUUGCAGUAUUGAAACUCAGUGAACAAGGCAUCUUAGACAAGCUGAAAAACAAAUGGUGGUACGAUAAGGGUGAAUGUGGAGCCAAGGACUCCGGAAGUAAGGACAAGACGAGCGCUCUGAGCCUGAGCAAUGUUGCUGGGGUUUUCUAUAUCCUUGUCGGAGGCCUCGGGCUGGCCAUGAUGGUGGCACUGAUCGAGUUCUGCUACAAGUCUCGGGCCGAGUCCAAGAGAAUGAAACUCACCAAGAACACGCAGAACUUCAAACCUGCCCCCGCCACCAACACCCAGAAUUAUGCUACCUACAGAGAAGGCUACAACGUGUACGGCACAGAAAGUGUGAAAAUCUAGGGAUCCUCCCCCUGACAGCACGCAAGAGGAGAAGCAGCAGAGAAUGUGGCUACUUCAUGGAUUCGGACCACCUGAGCCAGUUGUACUCUCUCCGAGGUGUCAGGCAUGACACGCGUUGAUGAUGGUGCAAUGUACUUUUAAUAGGAAAAACUGAUAUUUUUUUCCUUCAGUGCCUUAUGGAAGACUCUGAGACUCACAACAAUGCAAACCAUCACCGAAAUAUUCUUGCUUUGCUUGAAAGAAGAGAAAGAAAACCGAAGGAAAGGAAAAAGAGAAAAGGAAAGAAAA